AUGUCUACUGGAUGGUUUUUGGAUUUCUGUCUGGUCUGUGACAAACAGACCCCAGGUGGUCCUUACUGCUCACAAUUGUGUCGUCUUGUCGAACUAGAUCGUCCCCAGGAUCGAGAUCAAGAUCAACGUCAAGGUCAUGGCCUCAAACCUGGUCAUUCUCGAUCUACUACUUUGGAUUCUACUCACUCUACCGACUCCCAUUCUACUCCGCGGCUGUCGGCUGUCUCCUCUCAAUCCUCAUUAUCGUCACUGAGGAGUCAUUCCUCUAAUUCCACCCUAUCCCAAGAGCUUCGAGAUUAUGCCAGCUCCUUUGAUCCUGUUCGCGACCUCAAACGACGAUUGAAUACAACUCAAUAA